UAUUCUCCAUUAAUUCACCAUUUUGAUUUCCCAAAACAAUGGAACAUACAAAAUUUUCAUUAUCUCUAUCCAUUUUCAUUGCCAUAUUUGCCAUUUUGGCACCCCAAGCUCUCUUCAAAACAAACCCUAAAACCCUAAUCACCUCCUUAAUCGAACUCCGUGGUAUCAGAACAUUUUCAUCGCCGAUUCUAGAAUCCAUAUUCUCGUACGGAUAUUUUUCCCGUCAUCAUCGCCAUCACCAUCACCACCAUCAUCAUGAACCCUCGGACGAUAAAACCCGAAAAAGGGUAUCGGUAUGCGACGAAUUCCCGAAGGAUAUUCCACCUCCGGAUACCAACACGACGUCGACCUUGUGCGUGGACAAGAACGGCUGCUGCAACUUCACGACGGUUCAGUCAGCCGUCGAUGCUGUCGGAAAUUUCAGCCAGAAAAGGACUGUGAUUUGGAUAAACUCCGGCGUCUACUAUGAAAAAGUGUUGAUUCCGAAGACUAAGCCGAACAUAACGUUUCAAGGGCAAGGGUACGAGACGACGGCCAUAGCGUGGAACGACACAGCCUAUUCAGCUAACGGAACAUUUUACAGUGGGACGGUCCAAGUCUUUGCAUCUAACUUCGUUGCUAAGAACAUUAGUUUCAUGAACGUGGCUCCGAUACCGAAACCGGGGGAUAUAGGAGCACAAGCGGUGGCGAUAAGGAUAGCAGGAGACCAAUCUGUGUUCUUGGGAUGUGGUUUCUUCGGAGCUCAAGACACUCUCCAUGACGACAGAGGUCGACACUACUUCAAGGAUUGCUAUAUCCAAGGCUCCAUCGAUUUCAUCUUCGGCAACGGAAGAUCUCUCUACCAGGAAUGUCGACUAAUAUCCAUGGCGAACCCGGUUGCGCCGGGGUCGAAGGCGGUGGACGGGGCGGUCACGGCCCACGGGCGAGCCUCCAAGGACGAGAACAGCGGGUUCUCGUUCGUGAACUGUUCCAUCGGCGGCACGGGACGCGUCUGGCUCGGACGAGCCUGGCGUCCCUACUCCCGAGUCGUCUUUGCAUCCACCUUCAUGACCGACGUUAUCUCCCCCGACGGAUGGAACGACCUGAACGACCCUUCUCGCGACCAGACGAUAUUUUACGGGGAGUACAACUGUUCGGGGCCAGGAGCCGACAUGACGAAGAGGGCGGCCUAUGUCCAGAAGCUCAACGAUACGCAGAUUGCUUCUUUCAUUAACACUUCCUACAUCGAUGGCGAUCAAUGGUUACAGCUUUAUGAUUUAUAGACCUUUAACUAUAUAUUCCAAUAAAAAAAAAUUUAAUUCCCAUUUUAA